AUGUUCCCGAAUUAUGCAAAUUCUCUGUUGAUUGUACUUCUACUGUGGAUGAUUCAGACCAGUUACAUGCAGGAUAACUAUUUUUCUUAUCCAAAUUUGUAUAAUUUGAGAUUUGUUACUGGUGGAACAAUGGGGUUUUAUGCAGCUGUGAUAAUGCCAGUUACACUAAAAUUGGAAAGUGCUUACAUGGGUUGGUUUUUCGAAGCUAUAUACAAGGUACCUACCAAUGAGUCCUCCUUUGAAUUUCCCCCUCUUGUCGAAAGACACAUUGACAGAAAAUUUGUCUACGGUGUAGUCCAACAUAAAAUUGAAACGACAGGUUACCCGGGGAAAUUCUGUUUAUUGAGGACGAUUUGCGAAUUGGCUAUAGAUCCUCUCCACAAAACGAAUGGUGUCAUUGAUGAUUUGAUUCAUAUUAUUCUCACUCCCUCGACUACAGUAAACGCUGGUCUUCCUCCAGAAUAUGUGGAUGCUGAAAUAUAUGGGCGAAAAAAUGGGGAUUGUGACGAUUAUCAUAAAAACUGUAGCUUGAGUAUUUUAGAUAUUAUCAGUUUUGUGAAAGAAUUUCCCGUAAAUUAA